AUGGCACACUACAAGGAUGAAUACCCGUUGAGCUAUGUGCGUCUCGACGAUGACUUGCCCCAGAGCAAACCGAGGCCACUGUCCACGGCCGAGCAGCAGGCGGUGCUGCAGUCUCAGACAAUAUUCUGGGGUUCUAGCUGGACCCUGGAAUUCAUUAGUUGUCUCAUGUCCGUCAUUUUCCUGGCGGCCAUUAUUGUCGUACUGCGCAUGUACGAUGGGAAACCUAUGCCCGAUUGGCCGUAUGGCAUCACACUGAACGCCCUGGUGUCUGUUUUGUCCACUGUCAUGAAAGCGGCCAUGGUCUUCAUCAUCACUGAGGGCUUAUCCCAGCUCAAAUGGUCCUGGUUUAGCAAGGGAAAUAAGCUCAGUGACUUGGCGCUACUAGAUGCUGCUAGUCGUGGGCCGGCGGGGGCUUUCAUUGCCCUCUUUCGCUUCGUUCCUCGCCACUUGGUCACGUUUGGAUGUCUGGUGCUGGUGAUAGCAGCGGCCACCGAUCCUUUCGUCCAGCAAGUGAUGGGAAUUAAGGAACGAUCCAUCCACGCGCCUGGAAAAUCAUCUGUGCAGAUCUGUGAUUCCAACAUCUACACAGACUAUUCAGAGGGUGCAGGACCCGGGAUGAACAAAGUGCCCCUCUCGACCCUCGGCGCCAUCUACUCAGGCAUCUUCCAAGAGCAAACUCCCAACAGCAAAAACGCUCUCAUGGACUGCCCGACCGGAAACUGCACAUUCACGCCCUACCAAUCCCUAGGAUUCUGCAGUCGCUGCUCCAACAUCACCAGCUUCCUAACCAAGAAAAAGCAAGCAGGCAUGGUCUCCUACAUGUCCGCAUACAACUACACCCUCCCGAACGGCUUCUACUUCCACACAGCCAGCAACAUGAACUAUCUCAUGAAUGCAACAACCAACAAACCCCUCCUAGACCUCGACACCAAGGACCUAGCCGUGAUCCUCAACUUCACAGCAAUCAGCACAGACGACUACGGCAUGACUCCCCAAAUCAGCGCCACCGAAUGCGCCCUCUACUACUGCGUCGACACCUACGAAACAGAAGUCAGCGGCGGCAAAUUCACCGAAACCAUCACCUCCAACGUCGCAACAUCAAACUACUCCUCCGGCUCAACUUCAUUACAGAACUUCGCCGUCAAGCCGGAAACAUGCUACUUCAACGGAACCCGCCUCAACAACACCUCCAGCCCAAACUGUACUUACACAGUAAAUUGGCUAAGCCUCCUCUCCAUGUCCAACUCCCUCUCCCCACUCCUCAAAGGCUCCGGCUCCCGCUUCAUCAGCAAUAGACCAUCCUGGUCCUCUGAUACUGCUGAAGCCCUCUACGGCAUCUACGGCAACUACAGCGAGAUCAAUUCCGUAUUCUCAUCGCUGGCCUCAUCACUCUCCAUCCAUGCGCGGUCGAAGGUGUGCAAGGGGACUAAGAAUGGCACGGCGUGGACAACGCAGUCGUAUGUCGAGGUGCGGUGGCUGUGGAUGAUAUUGCCUUGUGCGCUUGUGGCGUUGAGUUUGGCGUUCUUGGUGAUUGUGGUGAUUCAUACGAGGAAGCAGUAUAUUUGGAAAUCUUCGCCGUUGGCGUUGCUGUUUUCGGAUCUGCGGGUUGAUGGGAAUGGGAAUUUCAAGAAGGAUCCGACGUUGAAGGGGAUGGAGGAUACGUCGAGGAAGAUGGAUGUUUGGUUGGAGAGUUCGCCGGAGGGACCUAGGCUUAAGGCUGUGGCGACUUCGUGA